AUGAAUUAUGAUAAGUUCGUUGUCUACAUUGAUGAAGGCUUUGUGUGUUCACCACAAAGCCAUAUCGCAAUGCAAGUUAAGGUGAAAACAUUGACAGGCAGAGACAUCCCAGUGGAUGUUGAGGCCAGCGACAAGGUCAUCCGUAUCAAGGAGAUGAUGGAGGAGAAAGAAGGCAUCCCUCCAGCACAGCAACGAUUGAUUUUCAAUGGUUCUCAGUUGAACGACGAGAUCACCAUCGAAGAAUCUGGCAUCCAGGCUGGUGCCUCAUUGCAUUUGGUCUUGACCCUUAGAGGCGGCCACUAG